AUGUUGAGAGUCGAUGUUCUGAAACAGCUAUCUGCUACCUCAGCCUCAACUUCACUGCUCCAACUCACCUGCGCAGUUAUGAUCCUACAAAUGUUAUUUACACCGGUUAAUAUUAUCAGAGAGAGAGAGAAAGAACCAGAAGAAUAUCUUCUGUUUGCACAAAAGAAUGCGAUAGGACGCGUUUUAGUUGCGACCGGCGAAUGCAAUGACGCUUUUAUACCAUUGACUGGGCUGAAAAGCGUUAAGGCAAUCGAGUAUGAUCCAGUAAAUAAACAUCUUUACUGGAUAGACGAUGAGUCCCAUGCAAUCCGUCGAGUGCCCGUUUCGUAUUCGACUACAUCAGCCAUCACAGAUUCAACUCCUGUUAUAACAGGGCUUACGAGACCCUUUCACAUGGUUUUAGACGUGAUAGGACGAGCGUUGUAUUGGACUUGCCUAGACAGUGACUCUAUCAACGCAACCUCCAUAGUAAAUAGUUCAUUAACUGGAGUCAUUUUAAGAGGAGAGAAAAUGAUGCCAAGACAUUUGGGUUUUCAUCAAACCAAGCGACUGCUAGUGUGGAAUGACGUGGGAUUGGGUGUAAUAAUGCGUGCGAACGUUGAUGGAACCUCCCGCGCUGAGCUCGCCGGAGCCACCAACGCGACGGCUCUCACUGUGGACCAGGCAUCUGGUACAGUGUACUGGGCGGUUAACAGGCAGAUACACGCUGUCGACUUAGAUGGAACUAAUAAGCGUGUGGUAUGGCAAGGUGGGUGGGUGGGUGCGCUGGCAUCGUACGGUGGCGCGCUGUACCUGAGUGGCGGCGAGCGCGCGCUGAUGCGGCUGCCGCUGCACCGCCGCGACGCGCCCGCCGCGCCCGUGCCGCAUCUUGCGCGCCUCGCCGCGCUGCUGCCCGUCGCCAAGGCCUUUGAUAUAUUUUCCUUGCAACAACAUUAUAAGAAAGAAGAAUUUUUUCACUUAAAAAUAUUUUUUAGAUGCGACGGCACGGUGGACUGCCCGGAUGGGUCUGACGAGGGCCCGGAGUGCGGGUCGUGUACAGGCGGGCUCCGCUGCGCCGACGGUUCGUGCGCCGCCGCGCUUGGCGCCUGCGCCACCGGCGCCUACUGCGCCGCACCUCUGCCUGCCGCCUUCCGCUGUGAUCAACGUUUGUGCUUAGCGCCACAGUUGCUAUGUGAUGGUCGGCUACACUGCGAGGACGGCUCAGAUGAAUUACCCUCAGCAUGUGGUUAUGGACAAAAAGAACCGACGGUGAGCGCGGAGUCGUCGGGGCGUAUAUCACGCGCGCUGGCCGUAUGCGGUGCGCUGGCGGGCGCGGGCGCGGUCGUGGCGGGCGCCUGGGCCGCGCUGCGCCACUGCCGCCGCGUCGUGCGCCGUCCGCCCCCCGCGCGCCCGCUCAUGCCGCUAAAGCCGCCACUUCCGCACCCGCCGCACCCGCCGCGCCCGCCGACGCGCUCGCGCCCGCUCGGCGCCAGCUGCUCCGACCUGGUGUGCAGUUCGUUCGACGAUUGCGCGACGGAGAGCCUGUGCGAGCGCUACCCGCGGCCCACCACCAACCCGCCGCCCAGCCCGGCAACGGCAAGCAGCGGCGGUGCGGGGGCGGGCGGGGGCGCGGGUCGGCGCCGCGCCUACCGACACUACCGCGCCAUGAACCGGCCGCCGCCGCCCACGCCCGCCUCCACCGACGCUUGCGAGUCCGAGCCCGAGCCCGCCGCGCGCGCCCCGCCACCUUCCCCCGCGCCGCUCACCUACUGA